UCGCCGUCGGAUGAGCCACUCGAGUCGUGUAGAAUGACGUCUUCGCCGGGAAUCAUCCGAGUAGUUUCGUAAAGUCCCGGACGUGUGACAGGCGCGUGUCCAGGAUAAGCUGCUCUCGAUUCGGCACACGGACGGGCAAAGAGGAGAGGGCCUCGAGCCAAACCAACCGGAGCCAAGAUCUCGAGUCGUUAGAGAAGAGGUCAUUGGUAUCUUGCAGUGGUCUCGAACAGAGGCGGAUCGCACGAUAGUCGUGCAAACCAAGCGAGCCUUGAGCUACGAGUAAAGGCCGGACCUCGAGUCGUCAGAGGGGAGGUCCUUAGUCUUGAAUCGUAACAAGAGGCAGGGUAUAUAUGCUGGAGUUUUGACUCGAAAUUGAGUUAGCCAGUGAGCGCUUAAGCGCGGACUUGGUCUCCCAUCUCGGGUACAGCCUUCGGUGCAGGUCCGGAUGGGAUUAUGACCAGAGGCCCCAGGUGGACUUUAUGGCGUAGGGGUACUUAGUAUCAUGAGUCGUCCAAUUGCACCCAUGGACCCAUAGUAGCAUACUGGGGGGACUCGGUCGCUCGCCGUGCCUUGGAAUGCAAUCUGUAAAAAGGAUUUACCACCUGGGUGAUAAUAAAAAAAAGGUGCAUUUUGACUCGUUUGCUUUUUCAGAUGCAUCUAUUGAAAACGAUGGAAAAUUUUAAGUUAUCGGUACAUUGAGAUUUUGAAAGCCAGCUAUUUAAGAAUCGAGCGUGGCUCAGUGGUAGGGCAUCAAAUAAGUUAUAAGCGCCAGAGUACCUGGUUUUUAUAAAAUUUGAAGCAAUUGAUAAUAGCUUAAAUGCUUAUUUAGCCUUUAAGACCCCGUUUACUGGAACUUUUAGUUACCGUUGUGUGUACUGGCCCUUAUUGGCUUAAAAUCCCAUAUUGGCUUAAAAUCCCAUGAAGAAUUUCAAGAGCUUAGGGGAAAGCCCAGUAAGACGGACUCAGCGGGUAAAACGAACGCUUUGAAUAUUUCAAAUACUACUCUGUUGUGUUGUGAGCCUACUAAUGGUUGAAUCAAAUACAAUUUUUGGCAAAUAUCUAAUGAUGGGAACAUGUUUGUCGAAGUGUUUCAACCUUUGUUGACUUACAGCAGGCAGCAGGUCCCUUAUUGAUUAAAUUAUAAUAAAACAGUCCAUAACUCGCAAAAUUUUCGGAAAUUACAACCGUUUUCAACGGAGGAAUGCUUGUUAGGCUUCUUCUUAGCCAUCUGGAGAAAAACCAGAACUAUCUGUGAGGAGUGUUCAAAACUUGAGGACACACAGGUAAUACAAUUAAGUUUGAUAAAUGUUAAAUUAAGGAAUAUUUAUAUUUAUUUUAAAUUAAUACCAUAUGAGAAUAUAUAGCUUUUCUUUGUAUUGCCGUAAUCGUUUGAAGCAGGUACAACAGUAUAACCCAAGUUCAUUCUUAUCAGCAUAACGAAUCAUGUGGAUGAAUUUGCACAUUUGUACAACAUCCACAAAAAUGGCAAAACGAUGGUCUCGACACCCACACAAAGGAUUUUUUCGGGUACCUACUUCUGACCAAUCAAUCUCACCAGUUGGUUAAUAUCAAUUGCCAGGUACACUGGUGUAUUUGCGGGAUUGCCAAAUUAUACGAACUAGUGAACCAUCAAAAAUGCUGAGUCCGUAUUAUUUGAUUUAUCUCAUUCUCGGACCGGUCUUCAAGAUUGCCGAAAAACUUAUGAUUUUUCUGAAGGUCAACAUUUUAGUAAAUGCUUUGGAGCAGCAUUUCGGCUACUUUGUUAUCGGGCUAAAUGACCCUCGACCGAAGGAAACCGCCCCGAAAGACAGCGUUAGUCAAACAGAAAUAUCUCACAUGGCAAAAAUGGUUGAAUUUUGGUGGAACCCAAAGGGGCCGGCCAAGAUGAUGCACACAUUUCAUCAAGUCAGAGUUCCACUGGUGAUCGAGGGGUUGGCUGAAGUGGGUAAAAUUCCAUCGAAAAAUAUAACAUCAAACAGUGCACUGGACGGAAUCCGAAUUCUGGAGGCCGGUUGCGGUGGUGGAGUGCUAGCUGAAGACCUAGCAUACAAAGGAGCAUACGUAGUGGGAAUCGAUCCUUGUAAAGAGAUGAUCGACUUGGCGAAAACUCAUCUGGAAACCAAAUCUAAGGAUUUGAAAAAAUCAAUCGAAUAUCAUACAACAACCGUCGAGGAACAUGCUAAACAAUUUGCAAACUCGUACGAUGCAGUUGUUUGUUCAGAAGUUAUGGAACACGUUGAUGAGAAGGAGUCCGUUCUGGAGGCUUGUGUUCGCUGCUUAAAGCCCGGAGGAUCACUGUAUAUUACGACUGAAAACCAAACGAUGUUGUCAUGGUUUACGUUUAUACUCAUCCCGGAGUAUAUUUUGAAAUUUAUACCAAAGGGAACACACUUUUACGAAAAAUUCAUCUCACCGGAAAGUGUUUCCUGUAUGCUUGCCAAGCACGGGUGCAAAACAAAACGCGUGCGUGGAUUUUUCUACGAUAGGUUCCGGAAUAAGUGGAGUUUCAUUUCAAAUGCCGAUUGUAACUACGGACUGCACGCUGUCAAGCAAUAGAAACCCGAUUUUCUCAAAUUUUCUUCAGUGGCAUGUUCGGAUAAGAAACGUUCAGCAAGGUGUUACGCACAUUCACAAAUAAAACACUUAUAUUUCAGAUCA